UUAGUUACGAAAAUAUAUUGGCGCGUGAAAAACGGCUUUGUUGAGAAAGCAAAAGCGUCAACAAGUUGAUCAUCUUCCACUUCCGGUUGCAGUCUAUCUAAAAUCUAUGCUCAAAAGUCUCGAGUUUUGCCUUUAAACACAUUACACAUGUGCAGGCAGGAAGGCAAAAAGCUUAAAACCUUCAAAAAAGUACACUUCCCUCUUCUCAUUCCUCCUUUCUUUUUGACUUUUCUUUACGUUUACUCAUUCUCUUAACUCUAGGCUUCAUUUCAGGACCCAGAUAACACACCUCUUCUCUCUUUGUCACUGUUUUCUUCUUCUCCGCUGUUAAUUCCUUACUGGUCUUUGUAACAUUCUUCUUUUAAAAACUUUGUCUCUGUUUUUGGGCUACAGAGUUAGUUCAGUUCUGUUUUCAUUUCAUUGCAGCGGACUGGACUGCAUAGUGUCAAAUAUUAAGUGCCAACUUUGUGUUUUCGUGAUGGUAAGUAUGCAUUUAUGGAAAUAUCUACGGGCUUAGUUUUAUUAGAUCAAGUAAAUUUGGUUGAGUGUUUGACGAAUCUGAUUACAAUGAAAAAUAAAGAAUCGCAGGGUUUAAUUUAAUGUUUGUCCUGCCUUUAAAUUGCGACCGACGGUGGAUGGCCAUUUUUUUUUUUUCAAAUUUUUUGCGUCUGUCAGAAGUCAGAUCCUUUAUAAUGAGCAACCAAGAAGGCAAGAACAAUAAAUUUCUCUAGCUUUUGAAGUUUCCUAUAGGGAAAAUAUCAGCUAAAUUAGCAUGUUCUGUUUAAGUAUUUUCGGUACUAGUUAAUUGGAUUGAUUGAUUUGAUCUCUUUCUGGGUCUGUACAAGAGUUCUUAGGAUAAUUUCUUCUGUUGUUAAACUAGAUGGAGGAAAGAAAGUUGAAUUUCAAUGCACCACUUUUGUCUGUGAGGCGAUUUUCAACAUCCUUAUCGUCUUCGGAUGGGAAGCAUGGGAAAAUGAUUAAGGAUUCCCAGCCCAACAGACGACAUACGAUACCAUUGUAUAAAGCAGACUUGAGCUUGGAGCAGGUGACAGAACCAGUUGCAGUUCCAUUUUUGUGGGAGCAGACCCCGGGACAACCAAAGGAUGGUGGACCUCAGCAUCAACAACUUAAGGAUGAUAUUUUAAAGUAUCCUUUGGAGAAAGAAGUAGAUAGGCCCAACACAGAGUUAUGUUGUUUGAUUGACCGUUUAAUUAGCUAUGAUUGCUUAAAAAAGGGAUAUGUUGGGAAGGAAAACUUGAAUUUGGAGUAUGAUGAUGAUGUUGACUCUGAUGCAGUGUCUCAAACUGAUUCAAUCUCCAUGAAUUGUAGCGUUAGCGGUGUAAGUGGAUCUGAUUGUCAGGUUAUAAAACCGUCAGGAGCCUUUUCUAUGGAUCAACAAACUCGAGAUUUCAUGAUGAGUCGUUUCUUACCUGCAGCCAUGGCAAUGGCUUUAGACCAACCUCAGUAUGCUUCAAGAAGGCAACUUGUAUCAGUCAAGCAACCAAGACAGGUUAUAAAGGUGGAUACUAAAGAUAGAAAACCUCUUGUUAACAAGUCUAUUGUCACAACCCAUUAUGGUGAAGAUGGGGUCCGUGAAGAUAGGGUCCAUUGGGAUGAAGAAGAAAGUGAAGAUGAAGUUGAUGAGUAUGAUGAAUCUGUAAAUUUAUCAAGUAGAGGCUGUGGUUUGUUUCCUGGUUUAUGCUUAAACAAGUCUUUAUGCCUAUUAAAUCCAAUUCCAGGUGUGAAGGUUAGAACCCACUCUUCAAUGUCUUCCACCUCUGAGGUCAGACAGUCAGGCAAAUCAACUUUAUCUUUUUUCAGGCAUCAAUCAGACUGUGGAGUUCAAUCACCAAAGCUAAUACCGGGAAUCGAGAAUAAAAUGACCAAUGAAUCCAGUCGGUUUACUUGUUCAAAUGAGCAGCAGAUGUCAAAUAGGUCAUCUCCCUACCGGCGUGGCAUUUCUCCCUACCGAAAUGAAAGACCUCAGUCUCCCUUUACAGGAGUGGGGUUUCUUGGUAUUCCUAAAGAAGCUGAGCACAUCAGAGCAACAAAUAUACUGAAUUUUCAUAACAAAGCCUGUAGCAAGUCUCAGGAAUUAUUACCCUAUCAGAGUUCUAAAAGAGGGUCAGGCUCACUGAGCCCUGCAGUUGAGAAGACACUUUAUGUAGAUACAGUAAGUUUUGCCAAAAUAGCAUGUUCGAAUUCAAUUUCCUCGGACACCAAGGGGCAGGUGGACCCAGUGACCUCAAUGGGAAGUAGAGGGAUAGAAGAAAUUGCUAGUACAGAAUCUUCUUUGCAAGGUGUGAAGUGCCUUAAUAUUGCGAGGGGAGGGAGCAUAUUGGAAGCCAAAAUAGGCGAUUGCACGGAAGCCAAAAUAGGCGAUUGCACGAAAGCCAAUCAGUCUUCAUUCUCUAAAAUAUUGCAUCCCAGAGGUCCAGCAGAUGUGGUGGAGUGCUUUGGGCCGGAUGGAGAACUCAAUCAGGAAUGCAAGUCUUUGGAACUUGUAAAAGUUGCUGAUUAUGGAAAUUUAAAUUGCAGCAAGGGGCAGUAUUUAGAGAAAGAUGAUUCGGGAUGUUUUAACAGUGGUUUUGAACAGUCUCCUCUUCCCCCACCAUUGCCACAAAAACCUUCAGAGUCCUGGCUUUGGCGUACACUACCUUCAGUUUCUUCGCAAAAUUCUUUUUCACCUUCAUAUAGCAGCAGAUUUCAUCCUAAAAGGCAGGAUUCUAAUAUUAGUACCAAGUGUGAAACAAUUGUAAAAACUUCCUAUUCACAUAACAAUCACAAACGUUACUCAGAGCCCACUUUACGCAGCAAUCGAAACAUGAAGUGUGAAGAUCCUCAUAAAAGUCCUUGGACUACUUGAUCUGUUUGAGCAGUUUUAUUUGACAGUAAUCAGAAGUAGUUAAAGCCUUCCAGCUAUAACUUUUUUCCCAGAAGAUUUAUCAAGCUUUGUAGGCCACCAUUGUGAAGUCUUUUGCAUAAUUGUGGGUUAAUGCAGUAGUCAUAUCAGGUUAAGUUCAGUUUCUUGGAAACGGUCAUAAAUCUUUUGAAGAUCAAUUCUUAUGCAUUCAUCUUCCUUCAUACUUGUACCGCAUAGAAAUCACUAUACUGUUCUGGAAAUGAAUUGAGAUACAGAUUCCUGAACAUUUUCAGCUUCAUAUAAUAAGUACCAAAUCAUAUUAGACAUUUGUAUA